AUGGUAGAUCAAGAGGAAACUGAAGAACUCAAGCUUCUUGCUGAAUGGAAGAGAAAGAAAGGUGGAUUCAGAGCUACCAUGUUUAUUUUUGUUUUGUCAGCAUUGGAUAAUAUGGGUUUUGUUGCAAACAUGGUUAGUUUGGUUCUGUAUUUCUAUGGAGUGAUGCAUUUUGAUCUAUCAAGUUCUGCAAAUACUCUUACAAACUUCAUGGGUUCAACUUUCUUGCUUUCUCUUGUUGGUGGAUUCAUAUCAGAUACUUAUUUGAAUAGGUUCACCACCUGUUUGAUAUUUGGCUCCUUAGAAGUUCUGGCUUUGGCAAUGGUUACUUUUCAAGCUGCUUCAGGUCAUUUACAUCCAAAUGCAUGUGGGAAAUCGAGCUGUGUGAAAGGUGGGAUUGGGGUUAUGUUUUAUGCGUCGUUGAGUUUGUAUGCAUUGGGUAUUGGUGGAGUGAGAGGGUCUAUGACUGCUUUUGGUGCUGACCAGUUUGAAGAAAAGGAUCCUAAUGAAGCAAAAGCACUUGCGAGUUAUUUCAAUUGGCUUUUGCUUAGUUCAACUGUUGGAGCAAUUUCUGGUGUUACUGGUGUUGUUUGGGUUAGUACACAAAGAGCUUGGCACUGGGGUUUUUUCAUAAUAACCAUAGCUUCUUCUAUUGGUUUUGUCACACUUGCUCUUGGUAAGCCUUUCUAUAGAAUCAAAGUUCCUGGAGACAGCCCCACCAUCAGAAUUGCUCAGGUUAUUGUUGUGGCGUUUAAAAACCGAAAGCUGUCACUGCCAGAGUCACACGAAGAACUAUAUGAGAUAAGUGACAAAGAUGCAACAGUGGAGAGAAUUCUUCACACAAGCCAAAUAAGGUCUCUAGAUAAAGCAGCAAUUCUGCAAGAAAACAUGAAACCACAACCAUGGAAAGUGUGCACAGUGACACAAAUUGAAGAAGUGAAAAUCCUGACAAGAAUGUUACCAAUAGUAGCCAGCACAAUCAUAAUGAACACUUGUUUAGCACAGCUUCAAACUUUCUCAGUGCAACAAGGAAACAUAAUGAACCUUAAACUUGGUUCAUUUACAGUUCCAGCAUCAUCAAUUCCUGUUAUCCCUCUUAUUUUCAUAAGCAUCUUGGUUCCAAUUUAUGAGCUUUUCUUUGUUCCAUUUGCAAGAAAAAUCACUAACCACCCUUCAGGAAUCACACAGCUCCAAAGGGUAGGUGUUGGAUUAGUACUUUCAGUUAUAUCAAUGACAGUGGCUGGAAUGGUAGAAGUGAAAAGAAGGGACCAAAGUAGAAAAGACCCAAGUAGCCCCAUAAGCCUAUUUUGGCUUUCAUUCCAAUAUGGCAUAUUUGGUAUUGCAGAUAUGUUUACACUUGUGGGACUUUUGGAAUUUUUCUACAGGGAAUCACCUUCAAGUAUGAAAUCAUUGUCAACUUCUUUCACAUGGUUGUCAAUGUCAAUUGGCUACUUCUUGAGCAGUGUUUUUGUCAAUUUGGUUAAUGCUAUUACCAAAAGGAUUACUCCAAGUAAACAAGGUUGGUUACAUGGUUUUGAUUUGAAUCAAAAUAACUUGAACCUGUUCUAUUGGUUCCUAGCUAUACUUAGCUGUCUUAAUUUUUUCAACUACCUUUAUUGGGCCUCGCGAUAUAAGUACAAAUCCGAAGACCAAAAUUCAAGCCCAACAGGUUUGAAAAGUUUACAUGAAAUGCCUCUGAAAGUUAUUGGUAGGACAAAACAAAAUUGGGAAGGUAGCAUUGGAGGAAACACACAAGACUGA